AUGGACUUUAUUCAUGUCACCAAAAAAAGUUUCAGACCUGGUGUGGUCUUAGCAAGCUAUAAUGAUACUCGCAUUGACACAAAGUCGAUAGCUGGCAAUUCAUUACUUCUUCAGAAUCUGCUACAGCGAUAUUUUCUCACAAGAAGCGUGCAAUACGUUCACCAAGCAGUAUAUUAA